AUGGAGAGACAUUUCUGCUCCGUGAUGACCAGGACAAGAGUGGCCAAUUUGAGUGUUUUGUGUGAAUGUGCUGGACCUGUGAACACUGUGAUGGAAGAAGAAGAAAGCCUGAAAACAGUGUGUGUGUGGGCUUUUAGUAACGAGUGUGUGUGUAUUUUCUCUCCUCUGUAUCUAGUCAUCGUGAUCCAGCUCAGUCCAGCUCCAGCCCCCUCCCAGCGCGCAGCCCUACAGUUACCAUUGGCCAACGAUGGAGGAAGUCGCUCGUCCUCCUCAGAAAGCUCUCCUCAACACCCCUCGUACCCUAGCAGACCUCGACAAAUGCUUACGCUUCCCACCCCAACCUACAGCCUACAGAAGAGUCUGGAGAAUGCUGAAAUUGACCAGAAGCUGCAGGAAAUCAUGAAACAAACUGGAUAUCUGAAGAUUGACGGACAGCGUUACCCUGCAGAGGUGACGGAUCUGAUCAGUGAGGGGGAGAUCGGCAGUGGAACCUGUGGACAGGUGUUUAAAGUUCGCUUUAAGAAGACUGGCCAUGUCAUCGCAGUUAAGCAAAUGAGGAGGACAGGUCUACAUUUUGUUGAGCCAGCACUUGUUUACUUGGAUUACUUUGCUGACCAGCACAGUGUUAAUGUGGAGCUAGCCACGGGACAGUUUCCUUACAAGAACUGCAAGACAGACUUUGAGGUUCUCACCAAAGUUCUGCAAGAGGACCCACCGGUCCUUCCUCUUAGCAUGGGCUUUUCCCCUGACUUUCAGUCCUUCGUCAAAGAUUGCCUCACAAAGGAUCACAGAAAAAGGCCAAAAUACCACAAGCUGCUUGAACACAGUUUUAUCCGUCGUUAUGAAGUGUCAGAAGUAGACGUGGCGGGCUGGUUCCAGACGGUGAUGGAGCGCACAGAGUCUCCUCGCAGCAGCCAGUGCUUCAGCCAUCACCAGCUCCACUCUCUUUUCAGCAGGUAGCCAGGCGGAAAUCGAGAGAAACGGAGAGAUGUUGGGAGAGAAAGAAUGAUGCGAUUUUGAGAGGUUGAUUUAGAGAGACAGAUGGACAGGUUUGAAAUAUAAAUUAUGUAGACGAAAAAGACAGGAUGGAGUGGAAAUAGACCGUUUGAGAGCGAGAGAAAUGGCUGAAACAAAAGAGAGAAUGUUAAUUUGGGAGUUUGACUGAUCGACAGACAAUCCUGGGCAGGUUUGAUGUAAAUCUGAAAUAUUUUUCUCCUUCUCAUCCACCCAUCGAACAGGAUGGACCAUUGCAGUUUAACACAAUCACUGUGGCACACACAUACAUUUACAGUAACACACUGCUUCACUAAAUCACGAUCACUGACUGCCAUAUAAAGGUUAGCCACAAGAGUAAGCAUACAGUCCGUUCACUUCAAAAUCCAAAUCCACAUGUCAUGAAAUCCUCCGUAGCCCCUUACUCAGGGACUGAACAGAGUAGUCGAACAACACUGUGCAAUGGUGUGUGUGUGUGUGUGUUAUCCGUUUAUCAGUCCUAGCUCUUCACUUUCCUGUAUGGUUUAAGUACACUUAGCCAUUAGGCAAAUCUAAGCAAAUAGAAAUUAGUGAGAUAAUAGCAGUGUGCUAUAUCAAAAACUGUUUUAUAGAAGUGUUCUUUUGCUGGCAAGCAUCAGCAGAUAUUUCAGUAACGUGUACUUAAACAGUUAGUGAUUCUUAGUCGUAGAAUUUCUAAUCCUUGGUGUUUAGCUUGCUAUAACUAGUUUGGUCUAGAAUUUUUAUGUACUGAAAAUACAUAUAUUGGCUUAGAGAGAAGGUUGUAUAUUAAGAUCAAACUAGUGGUUGACCGAUAAGAUGAAGUGUCUGUCCCAAUUUAAUAUGCAGAGACAACUAUAAAUUACCAAUUUUUGUUUGCUUGAGAAGCCUGACUCCGAGACAUUGGUUAAACCAAUGGUGUAAAUUUGGGGCGGGACUAUCUGCUUUGUCUGACCAAUGGCAAUGGGGGAAAUGUUCUGGAAAAUCUGUUUGAAAAUGUUAUUAUAACGUUUAUAAGUAACAUUGGUGUUUGUGUAAUUCUGUUAUGCUAGUCAUUCAGAAAUUACACACUUCACUUUCAUUGGCCGAUGACGAUAUCUCGAAACGCUUCUGUUCAUCAGCCAAUGGUGAUAAUCUCAAAAUGGCCAAAUAUUGGACUAUGUAUCGGUCUAUCACUAGAUAAAACACAAAAAAAUUAGCCCAGAAUGUGUAAAGUCAUACACAGUGCACACCUCAGGAAGACAAGUGUUAGAAAUGGGUAUUUUAACAAGAUUUAGCUGUGUUUCAGUCUUAGUGUGCAAUCAAGUCACUAAAAGCAUAGAUGAGAGAUGUUGUCAUAGUCAUUUAGAGUGGUGUUGAGAGACAUGCGGGGGAGUUGGAGUUUCUGCAGCGAGAGCAGUUCGUUUCCAGCAUUUCCUCCACAAGAAUGAAAAAAUUGGCUUGUUUUGUGAGUGGAAGAUUUCUGCUCUGAAUCACCUGACUCCUCUUCCCCGACAACCGUUCAUCAUUUAAUUCUCUUCACUGUUCUCUUUUUCCCAUGAGCAUUUGAGUUCCUGCAAACCAAAGCUUGUUUUUUUUGACACAGCACUGCUUUUUUUCUGCCAAGCUGUUGUCCUCAGAGGAUUUCAGCACCUGCUCGUGGGUUGUGCUGAAGAUGUUCAGCGACUUUCACAACCAAAGCUGUAGAGUUUGAGAUUCACUGCUUUCAAAAGCCAAAAUCACUGCUAGACUGUGU